CACUACAAAAAAAAAUUUUUUUUAGUCAAAAACUAAAGAUUUUUAAACCAUUUAGUUUGUUGUAAAAUUUCCGUUACAAAUCAGCACAAAAUCCAACAGUUUGCUGUUUUACCAAUCGAAUAGCUUGCGACAACUUUGGAGCCAGGCUUUCGGCACGAAAUAUAUUUUUGACUUACAGGACUCGUAUCUGUUUAUUUUUUAGCAUUGAAUAUAUGAAGCGCCCAGUUUCUGCGCACACAGUAGAAUGAGUUGUUUCUGUUUUUAGUUGCCCCAAUGAAGCACAAACAACACCAACAUAUUUCGAAAAUCGAAGAACACGGUUUAAUAGCAUGCAUGAAAUUAAUGAGGAUCGCGUGCGUGGCUGCCGGCCGGCAAGACAAUGUGCUCCCAGACGCAGUUUGGACGCAGCCACGCCUAGGUUUCCGCCUUCGCCACGCCAAUAUGAGGCGCACGAAUUUGGUUUAUGCGAAGAUGAGCAAUUCCAACAUCCGCGUAUGUUCGAAAAUCUUAACUUUGAAACGAAUGCUGGGGCCUUCGAAGCGAUGCGCGCGGCGAACGCUAGGCCAGCAUAUCAACAGCAGCCGCAAUUCAAUAUCUGUGAUCUGCCAUCAGAACAGCUGGAUGAUUUUUCAAGCCCCAACUUUAGUGAAGCUUAUGACGAGAACGCAUGCAAUGUUUGUCCGCAACAGCCAAAAACGCCUGAUAUUUGCGAUAUAUCCGCACCGGAGUUUUGCGAAAUAUCAGAUGCUUCACCGUGGCCGGCUCAAACGCCGCCAAGGCGUGUGCAGUCGCCCAGAAGACAGCAACAAAGAACUCCUGAUUUAUGCGAUAUAUCCGCGCCGGACUUUCUCGAUAUAUCAGCCAUUUCAACUAGCCCUCCGAGGCGUACACAAUCGCCAGUGCACCAACACAGAAGGCAAUCAUUUCCGGAUAGUUGCUUAGAUGACGAAUCGGCUCCAAUAUGCAAUAGCACAAUGUGCUCGCCGUCGCCACAAAUACAUUAUACACCUAUCGGUUUAAUGGAUACACCCGAUGUGUGUGCACCAACACCACCGGCGCCGACACCAACACCGCUACCUCAUUUUUCGCCAAUCAGACUACAGCCGUCGCCGGUACAGUAUCCCAGCGAAUGCUUGGAAGAUAUUUCUGUGCCUUCAUUUGAACGCACCGUCUCCGAUAUGCCAUCACCAGCAAGAGUGCAAAUGCCGGAGAAUUUGCCUUCCGAUAUGGUUUGCGAUAUUAGCGCACCGUCGUUUGGUUCACCGCCAACGCCGUCCAUGUCCUUUCCAAGUGAGGCAUUAGAACAAAUGACGAUGCCUUCAUUCGAGGACGCCUCAUGUGGUUCACCGUUAGAUAUGCGCUUCCUCUUGGAUUCCAGAUUGGCCGAAGAAAGCCCACCGUCAUUCGCCUCCUCACGUGCUUCCUCGCCGAAACGAUCCUUCUCCAGAAGAGACACACCUUUGCCAGCAGCGCCAACUUCACAAGGUGUUUGUCCUUCACCGUGUGCAGUACUCCAGCAGGAACAACAAAACUAUGAGCCUACUCCGAUACGCAAACGACCACCUCGUAGGUUCAAUCUUGCACAGUUAAUAUCGCAACGUUCAGCAACUGCAGAAUGCUCACCCAUGAGAGCUUCGUCUCCUUCCACAGUAGGUACACCUACUCCCCCAGCGCCACAUUUUUCCUAUUAUUCCCCGACACCAGUCCGGGGUCACUCUCUACCUAAAGAUUUGCCUAGUGAAUGUCUAACAGAUGUCAGUGAACCAUCAUACUACAGCAGUCCUCCUCGAACACCUGGUCAAAUGCGUCCCCUGCCUAGUAAUUUACCUAGUGAAUGUCUUGGGGAUAUUAGUGAGCCAUCAUAUGAAAGGACCCCACCCGCACGAACACCAUCUCUGCCACAUGAACUGCCAUCCGAACUUUUAUGUGAUAUGUCUCAACCGAUGUACGACACACCACGUAGUGAACGUUUGUCCAGCAUGACAAUGCCUUCAUUUGAAGACGCAUCCUGUGGAUCACCAUUGGAUCGCCGAUUUUUAUUGGAUUCAAGAAUUAUGGACGAAAGUCAACCAUCUUUUGCUCCUUCACCUCGCAGUUUAUCGCCGUGCAGAUCCCUUCCGCCUUGUGCUCAACCAACAGCAAUAUAUCCCUCCAUUCCACAUGCACAAUCCCGAUCUGCAACUCCUCAACGAUCACAAUAUUCUCCUCGGUAUUCACCAGCACCGAGGUCUACACGUUCAAGGAGUCCCUCACCUGUGUGUUCUCCUACACCACCUGCCCCACAUUUCAGUUUGCGAUCUCCUACACCGGUGAGAUCAACACCAAGAUGUCCAAUGCCAACAGAUAUGCCCGAUGAAUGUUUGACAGAUAUAACUGAACCAGAAUAUUUUAGCAGUUAUUACAACGCAUCGCCGCCUCAAAGGUCAUUCCCCAGUAAUAUGGGCAGCGAAUGCAUAUCUGAUAUUAGUGCUCCAUGUUUUGAGAGAACGCCACCUAUUAGGACACCGGAAAUGCCAAAGAAUCUACCAUCAGAUAUGUUAUGUGACAUAAGUUCACCAAAGUAUCAAUCGCCAGGUAGCGAGCAUUUAUCUUAUGAAUCAAUGCCAUCUUUUGCGGACACUUCGUGUGGAUCACCAUUGGACCGAAGAUUCCUUUUAGAUCCCCGUUUGGCUGAUGAGUCCAUGCCAACAAUGUUUUCUUCUAGAUCACCAUCGCUGUCACAUGGAAAUCAAUAUUCAUCGAGUAUAAAAGACGAAUCGAGCUUUGACAAAACAUAUUGCGAAAUUAUUCAACGUUUCAAUUCAUUAAAAUCUAAACUUCAUAGACCACUGGCUGACACAUCUGGUCAUCCAGCACAACCUAGUUUGAACAGUGGCGGGAUGCCACCAGGUGAAUGUGUUCGAGAAACAGUUAUAGAACGAACGGAAAACGAGAAUGGGCAACUUGAAAGCACCACCCAGCACAUUGUUGUCACGGUUGAUCCACGCGGAUCCAUACAAACACACACUAAAGAGAUUAAGACUAAAUUUCCGAAAAGUUCACCUACCAGGUUAGUCCCUCCUUCCGCGGAUUCUGGUAUACUCUCCGAAAGCCCACGGCCAGCAGCACAAAUAGAAAAUUUGCGUGACUCAAUACGUAGACGUUUAAGCUUUGAUCUAUCCGACAUGCCAUGUGACAACCUUGCCGAUGUCACUCCACCAUGCGUGGAUGACUUACCGUCUAUGUCCGCAGAAAAUAUUCUGCAACAUUUAUCCAGCAUUCCCGAAGAACAACUAUCAAGGGUUUCAGCACCAUCUUAUCGAACUCCCCCGGUUGCAUCUCUUUCAUAUCCAAGUGAAAUGUUGGAUGAAAUGUCCAUACCAUCUUUCCAAAAUGCAUCAUGCGGUUCACCGCUGGAUCGGCGAUUCCUACUCGAUCCUAGGCUAGCAGACGAGAGCCCACCAUUAUUUGCAUCAUCCUACGUCUCAUCACCAACCCCACCUUCUCGUUCCGUACAUUCAACAGCGGAAACGCCGCACCUACGUAGUCGAGGCCAAACAGCAUUUCAAGCAUUCACUCCUCAACGUCCGACGCACGAAAUGCAACCAGAGUUUGGUACUAUAAAAUCACCCGAACGAUUCCAACCGCUUUCAUCAACUUUAAGAGAAACACAUUCGCCCUCAAUGCACAUUCCACCAGCGCCCCACUUUUCACUGCGUUCACCUACACCUAUUGGUCCGUCACCGGGAAGAAGUUAUCCAACAAAUUUACCUCACGAGCAAAUAGCUGACAUAAGUGAGCCAACUUUCUUCAGCAGUACACCAGUAACUUCCCCACGAAGAUUUUCUCUACCAAGAAACAUGCCAAGUGAACGGCUUGACGAUAUGAGCCAACCAUCUUAUCAGAGAACUCCACCUCCGCAAACACCACGCACGCCUACGAACUUACCUAGCGAAAUGCUUGGGGAUAUUUCUGCACCUUCUUACCAAUCACCAGCAAGUGAACAUAUUUCACAUGUCACUAUGCCCAGUUUUGCGGAUGUCUCAUAUGAAUCACCACUGGAUAGACGAUUCCUCUUAGACCCCAGAAUUGCGGAUGAAUCUAUGCCAACAUUACUAAGAACACCAUCCACACAACGAACCCCCCUUACUAGUAAACAAAGACCAGCUACAAGUACACCAAGACCUGAUGCAGCUAGACGUCGUCUUUCGUAUAGUCAGCCGGACUCAACCAGAGGUAGCCCGUUCAGAGGCAGUCCAAAAAGAAGCAACUCUGAAGGUAGGGAUGGCCAGGGUCAUCGUGGCCCAGCAACUGUAGAGCAAACGCACACGACAAUUAAACAAAGUGGCACCUAUGAACAAGAACACAGUGUAACGCCGGGGCAUUCUGGCACGCAAGGACGCCACAGCCAAACGCCAUUAAUGGAUAGCACCAAAGAGCAACUAAAAAUAACGACCUCAACUGUUUCUAUCUCACGUGUUUACCACGACGGACCGACUGAAAAAGCAACAGGUGGCCACCAACGUAGGAGAAGUAUGUCACUACCUAGUGAAAACCUUGGCGAUAUUUCAAUGCCCGCCAGUCCACCGUCAAUGGGCAUGUCACACACAAAUCAUUUACAACAACGAAAAAUGUCACCAAUGAGUCAAAUGCUUAAUGACGGUUCCAUGCCGCCAAGUCCGCCAUCCAUGUCAAUGACACGAACUGGGCGUUCAACACCACGUCGAAAUCGACGAAGAUCUGUUCAAGAUGUCAAUGAUAUAUCGCCCAUUUCUUUUGCAUCUACAAUGCCCUCCACCGAUAGAUCUGGAUCGACUACGGGUGCUGGAAGAACGAGCGGCAAAUAUAUGUCAACAUCAUCGAGAGGCUUCUCUGGUUUAGCAAACUACGCGCCUUUCUGCGAACAGAUUCGUUCGCGUAAUAGCUCCAAUGCUUGUGAUCCAUGUGACCCUUGCUGCCCCACUGUUCAAGAUGUAGAUACUUGUGCUGAUUUCUCCAAUUCAGAUACAUGUGAUCCAUGUGCUGGUUUUCUAGAAUCUAACAGAUCUCAGAAUAAUAACCCUUGCUAAAGACAUAAAAUUCAAUUGGUAAAACAACACAGCAAAACUUUUCAAUCCGCAACUUCAUUAAGCACACAAAAAUACUCGGUACGCAAAAUUUUACGUAUAAUAAACAAUAAAAAAGAUAAUUUUAUUUAAGUAAAAAAUAUUUUUUAUACCUUGAAGACAGUAUAUUAAGUUUGCCAAGAAGUUUCUGACACCCGAAAGGGAGCGAAGACCCUAUAAAAUAUUUUUAAAAAUAAUUAGCGUGACGAACUGAGUCAUUGAGCUAAACCCAUCUGUUUGUCUGUCCGUCUGAUAUAUCCGUCCGAUAUAUCGACCUGAAAUUUUCCAUACAUCACUUGCUGCUCUCGUCACUUUCGUGUCUCACGGCAACUCGAGCUCUUCUUCUGCAAUGGGUGGUGGUUUGACUCCAAGUAUGCCAUUCACUGAGAGGGAGUCGGUGAAGGUGUUGAUGGGUCCACUAUACGUUCAGUGCUCGUCGGAAGGUAAUUGCGCCCGAAGUCUGGUCGGCGUAUUUUUUGAUGUCGUCGACGUAGUUGAUGGAUGACCUCUUGAUGCUCGUAGAAGGCGGUUUCGCUCCAUGCUUAUGACUGCAGAGAAGAUUUCUACAAAAGCAUCCCAGCAGGGACUGCCGGAGAGGAGCUUAUUAUGCUCCUUAACUGGGAGUAUACGGGUCUUACCGUGCAGGUGUUCGAUGGGAGAAAUCAAGAGGCAUUUUGUCGUAGUUCGGAGUGCAAUUAUAUGACAAGUCCGGAGAUCCGUUUACUAUUUGUUUUCAUCGAUAGGAACACACUGGCUAAGCAGCACUACGACCCCUACGCAGAAGUCGAAAGUUGGAUGUCUG